AUGUCUCUGGCAACUCGUCAAGAUCAGCUCCUAUUGGUCCCCUGGGACCCAGAAUCCCCAGAGCACGUUGCGAGACUCGUUGAGCAGCGGGUGCAGUGCGGAUGGAACCAGGAACUUGUUGAGAAGAAGUGGCGUGACAAGCAAAGGUCGGGACACAAGUGCAUUUACUGGAUUACAUUAUCGCCUGAGCACCCCGAGACACAGGAGUCGCUCCAGUUACACUUUGACAAGUUCCCAGCGGAGAAAACACCACUAGUCGACACCGCAACUACUAUCCGAGCCAAGCCGCGCACGCCUAGUCAAGAGCCGAUAUAUCCAGUCGGUCACAUCUCACUAGAUGACGAAAAUGUAGAGGCUGCCCAUCUUGGCCUAGACUUUCCGGAAACUGGCGUUUACUGGAUCAAGACCUUUUACGUUUCAAAAGCCCUGCAGAGCAAAGGCAUUGGUCGUGCUGCCAUGGAUAUCGCCGAGGCCAUGGCUGUCAACGAGCCGUUGUGUGCCAAGACUUUGGCACUAGACACUCUGCACAAGGAUAGUGCUAACAAAAUGGCCUUGGAGGAGACUGGCCAGCUACCCAAGACAACCAACCACGAGUGGUAUGAACGAAGAGGCUAUCGGCUGAUUCAUAAGCAACAUAACCAUUACUGGGAUGCGCAUCGAGAAGCGCCGGAUAUGUGGACUGUGUUCCUGAGAAGAGAUAUUGCAUAG